ACGACCGCGCACACGCCGGUCUGAUACUAAAUUUUUAUAUAAAUUUAAAUUUAUUUAGUUUAGUUUUUUUGGAGUAAUUGGCAAACUACAACGAUGAUGUUCCUGUUGUUUCUUCUGGCGCUGGUUCGGCUGGAGCUGACGGACGCCUCUGUCACCAGCAGGCGAGGGCAGGAUCGGGAGAUGCUGCUGGCUUUCGUGGUGAACAGGCACGGAGAGCGGUCUCCUGAUGCUGACGAGCUAUCCCUGGCUGAGGAUCCGGAAAGGAUCAAGAACAUUACCUACAUUGAGGGUCUGGAGGGACUUACCAAUGUCGGCAAACGCAGGGCAUACCAGAUCGGCAAAUUCCUGCGUCAACGCUAUGGGCCUUCAGGCUGGAAGCUGCUCUCCCAAAUCUACUUCCAGGACGAGAUUAUGCUGAGGAGCACCGACAAGGAGCGGACGAAGAUGACCGCUAUGAUGGCCAUGUCGGCGCUGUACCCACCGGCACCGGAGCAGCAGUGGGACGAAGGCCUUGGGAAGGUCUGGCAGCCCGUGCCAUACACCGCAAUACCGCUGUCUGAAGAUUACCUCCGCUACUACUCCAACUGCCAGCACUUCAAGCAGCUGAUGUCGGACGCGAAAGCCCAGUCCCUUCGCGAGGAGUUCGCCAACUACACCGACCUGAUCGCCGUGAUCAAGGCCAACACCGGGAGGGAUUUCACUGAAGAUGUCACCCUUUUCCAGGUCUUGUUCGACUUGUUCCGGAGUGAAGUAGCAAUGGGUCUGGAAAUUCCAGAAUGGGCUAAGCCCUUGAUGCCCAGACUGGGAGAAGCUGCCAAGUUGGCGUACAGACUGUACUUCAGAACAGAUGAGAUGAAGAAAAUUGGAGGAGGCGUGAUCCUCAACGACUUCCUGGAGGCAGCCAGCGCCCUGGCCGAGGGCAAGACCGUCAAGAAGCGGUUCCGCAUGUUCUCCUCUCACGACUUCAACAUCGGCUCGCUGAUGGAGGUGUCGAAGGUGCAGCAGCAGGAGCAGAGCAUCCCCGAGUACGGCUCGCUGUUUGGGCUCGAGCUGUAUAGAUCCAUCAGCUCGGGAGAGCUGACAGUAUUACCCAUCUACCUCCCUCACGCUGGCGAGUCCAAGGUCCAGCAGCUCCACUUCGCCAGCGGUGACACCAGCUUCGACCGGUUCCGGGAGAGCACCCUGGAGUACGCCCUCCCCGAACACGACUACUACAAGAUCUGCAACAUCAAAACCGAACUGUGAUAGCUAUGCAUUGUUGAAUAUAUUUUUUUACAGUUA